AUGGCGACGAGACAUAACACCAUCACCGUAACUGGUGGAAGUGGGAAAUACGUUUUUCCAAUGAACCAGCAACUCACAAUUGAUGAAUUAGCUCAAGUAUUUCCUGGAGCUUCUUCACUCGCCUAUAUGGAUGAGGGGUGCUCUGAUAAGGUCGUUGUACCUGCCAAUGAUGGCGUCUUUAAAACGCCAGUGGGAGGAUGGGACAAAGCUGGCAGGACAUUUUAUGUUGUUGAUGGUAAAAGAGGAGCAGACAAUAACGAAACGCGCAUUAGGGAAAUUAUGCAAAAUAUUCGGACCCAAAAGAAAAAGCCACGCACCGAGGCGAAGGAUAGCACGACAAGUAUUGCUUCAAGAGACAAGGCGGAAAAACGCUCCUAUACCAGGAGCAAGAAUCCAAAGAUUCGUGUUGGUUGGCGUCACACAUAACUAAGUAUCUCGAUCAAUGUGUCGCCAUUUUUACUCGUAGUCCAAGCGGUUACUGCAAUACGGAAUGCCAUUGGUCGUACUAUAGUAUGCCAAGCAAGCCAUUUUCUGAUUGGCUACUUCGGAUAUUGAAUCUCGAAUUUCGAAUCUCGAAUCUCGAAUUUCAAAUCUCGAAUCUCGAAUCUCGAAUCUCGAAUGAUCCUUCUGGGCUUUCGUAGAGACGCGUGCACAGUCACGGUCAUGACUCUGAUUAACUAGCGCAGUUGAGGGAUAAUAACGUUUUGAGCCUGCGCAAAAAAACCGGUACACCUAGAGCAUUCUGUCCUAGGGAUACGGCUCCCAUACCUCUAGACAGUGCGAAUAAAGUUUCGCUAGACACUACUCAUUUCCAGACAAAACUUCGACUUUCGAGGAAACAUUUUCAUUCGUGACACAGGAAUAUAAUAAACAUUUCGGUCAAACGAACAUUGGUGGUGGUGUGUGGACUUUUCGUAAAAUCUUCAAUGCAGUGAUCGGGACGAUGACGGAUUUUAGGGGAAUGGUGUCACUCGUGACAUGCCUUUGGUGUCACGAGUGAUAUGCUUGUUUCACGAGUGACAUUGUUGGACACAGCUCGAAGGGUUAAAAUCAUUAUCGUUUGUUGUUGUGUUGUCAUUGCAUCAGACUCAGACUCAUUAUGUUAUUAUAUCGUUCAAAAAAACUUCCUAAAUUAAAGUUUCAAUAAUGUUUUCAAUUAA